AUGACGCUGUGCUCACUGCUGCUGACUCUCGUGGUGGCCAUCGUGUCCGUCGUAGUGCUCUUCUCCGUUGCGCUGGUGCCAGAGACCAAGGUCCAGGAGGACACGGGCGUGAACGCGUGGCUGUCGUGGUUACCGGUCGCCAUGAUGGUGCUCGUGGAGAUCUUCGUCGUCACGCUCAUCAACAGCCUCGUCACCAUGGGAUGCUAUCAGGUCAAUAUCUUCGACCAGGUCACGGUGGCGCGCGGCUUCGAGGACAUGCUGCAGGACGGUAGCUGGUUCCCGUCACUGCGCUUGUGCUGGGCCGAGACAACGAAGGCCAUGAGCUUCGGUGAUGUCUUCGGGAUGGCUCUCGAGUUCGAGUCGUUCGUCUUGUUGCGGUCCGCGUCGCACCUGCCCAAACUUACGAUGAUCAGACGUGCCUUCUGCGCCAGCAGCAACUCUGCUAGCUCGCCGCACCUAGGUAGGCAUAACUUGGAGAUGAGCAGUGAGAAGUAA